AUGGAUUUUAACGACCAAAACGUCGUACUGAGUUCCGGGUUACAACGCGCCAGGCCCGAUGUCCCCCCACCUCGCAGGAAGGAACAGGCGGGCGGAAGAAGUGAAGACUCGAGCAGCGGCGACCGCGUCCCGCCACCCAUACCGCCAAGAGCGCGUCCGGUGCCGCCAAACACGUACGAAGACGUGGACCCACACGGCGAGAGCAUAUUUGCCCCGACUCCUGGGCAAGACACACAGGAUGAUGAAGAACAUGGUACAACUAGUGUUCCUCCACCCUUUCCUCCAAGAGAUUACGAAGACGUAGACCCCCACGGGUACAGAGUCUUCAUACCGAUUUCUGCGCUCAGUGAACCCCCGUCUAGCCCUAUUGAUACGGCAGAAAAAGACAAGAAACCCCCGUCUAGCCCUAUUGAUACGGGAGAAAAAGAAAAGAAACCCCCGCCUGGCCAUCAUACAGAAAAGAAGGAACUCGCCCAAGAAGCGGGCCCAAACUAUGAAGACAUGGAUGAAGGCUCCGUUGGUGAGAAUGUGAUAUUGCAGUCUGCCUUGAAACGAGCUGUGCCCGACCUGCCACCACCUCGCAAGCCCGACAAGAAAGACAAAGCGUCUAAACGGAAGAAAGAAGAAGAGGAAGAGGAGCAAGUCGGCCCGGAGGAGGAGGAUAGUCGUGAAAGUGUGUACUCCUAUCGCCAUCUUGACGUAGGAGACCACAUGGUAGUGUGGCAGGAGAGCAACGAGGAACCACACAUAUACAAUACUGACAUAUACUACACAGGAAAGCAUCGUACCGGCGUGGUAGACAACGGGGAGCCUUGCUCUAUGCCAAAUGAAAGCCGUCCUCACAGUCUAGAGAUGGAAGACAAGAAAAAGAAGACGAAAAAGGUGGACGGAAGGAGUGAAAAGUCGAACAGCGACCGAGCCCCUCCACCGCUACCACCAAGACCGCGCCCGUUCACGAUGCCGCCAAAUACAUACGAAGCCACGGAUCCACACGGGGAGAGCAUCUACGCAUCGAUUCCUGGACAAGAAAGACCGGAUGGCAGCAAUAAUGGUACAGAUGCUCCGCCUCCCUUGCCUGAAAGAGAGUACGAAGACGUCGAUCCACAUGGAGACAGGGUCUUUGUACCAGGUUCUUCGCCCAGCGAUCCCCCAUCUAACCAUCUUGACACGGAAAGCGAAGAGAACGUCGAGCCGCCCUUGCCUCCAGAAAUGUUCCCACGCCCUUCCUCGUCUCUUCAACACGACAUGGAAGAAACAGGGGAGAAAGAAAUUUACGGAAGAAGUGAAGAAGCGGACAGAAAGGCCGGUAAAAACAUCUUCCCACUAGGUCUGGGCCGUUGGUUGCCGCCUAGUCUUGGCCGUUGGUUGAUGCCUAGUGCAUCCGAUAGACCCUCGUCUCUUCACCAUGGCAUGGCAGACACGGAGGAGGAUCGAGUGGAGGGAAGAAGUGAAGAAUCGGAAAGAAAGGCCGGUAGAAGCAUCUUCGCCUUCGGUCUGGGCCGUUGGCUGUGGCCAGGUGCAUCCGAUGGACCCUCGCCUCUUCACCAUGACAUGGGCGACGAACAAGCGGACGGAAGAAAUGAAGAACCGGGCAGAAAGUACGUGAAUCCGGCUGGUAAAAGUAUCUUCGCCCUGGGUCUGGGCCAGUGGCUGUGGCCUACCGCAUUCGAAGUGCCCACAGAGAUCACCAGCCGGUUCAUGUGUAAAAGUCCUUCUGAUCCGUUUGCUGAUAGCCCCUUCUGUCUGGGAGGCUCCUCGGACACCUGCCGACGGGUGCCCGGCUAG